AUGAAGUUCUUCACCAUCGCCACCCUGUUCGCGGCCGCGGCCCUCGCCGCCCCCAGCGCCGACACUGUCCAGUCCAAUGACGUGGAGAAGCGCUCCGAUGAAUCCCUCUCCAAGAGAGGUGGCUACUACUAUGGCCACUACUAUGAUGACGACUGGUAUUGCGACUACUACGACGACGACUGCUGGGACUACUACUAUGGACCUGGCCACCAGGUUUCGGAUACCGUAACGGUCUUGGUCAUCGCCGCGGUCCCCAUGGCCACCGUGGCGGUCCCCGUGGCGGUCCCCGUGGUCACCGUGACGGUCCCCGUGGCGGUCCCCAUGGUCACCGUGACGGUCCCCGUGGCCACCAUCACAACUAAAGGGCGAGGGCGGCUCAUCUGCCCCGUUACAGCUUUUUUUUCGCCUAGAUAA